UAGGUCUUUUAGAGGUGGGAGUAAGUUUACAAGUGCUCCUGCGGGAGCACCGUGGGAGUACUCACUGCAACCUUGCAAAUCAACACUUUACUAACCAACCGUUGCAGUAGAUCUCACCGGAACGCUGAAUUUGCUUGAAUCUAAACUAGCCGUUGAAACCAAAAGUGCAGAGAUGAUGAAAUCUGUAACCGUUGAAAUUCAAAAAUCCCCUUCUCUCAGGACCCCUUCAAUACUAAUGCUAUUGCUUAGUUUUGAAGAAUAGAUAGAUAAAACCAGGAGAAAAAUGGAGUUACAGGAGAUGCAGGAGCUGAGAUCAAGAGCUAAUGAGCUCCUCUUAAGAGAAGAAUGGAAGGAUUGCAUCCAUGUCUACUCAAAAUACAUAGCUCUAUGUGACGGAAAGAUAAGUAACAAAGCCCAAGAUACCUCAGAUCAGGAGGAUUUAAAGCUCAAGAAAUCACUGUGUCUUGCUCUAUCGAAUCGAGCAGAGGCAAGGCUCCGAUCAAGAGACUUUGUCUCAGCUUUACAGGACUGUAGCAGGGCAUUGCAGAUGGAUAAAACCCAUCUUAAAACCCUAGUUUGCAAGGGAAAAAUCUCGUUGGAAAUCGAUCACUACUCUGAAGCUUCUGAAUGCUUUCAAAAAGCUUUGACCCAUCAGACCUGCAACAACCAAGAUGAGGUUCAAAAGCUCUUAGAGAGAAGUCGAAGGCUUGAAACCCAGUCAAGAACAGGGGUGUAUGAUCUUUCAGAUUGGGUAUUGGGCAAGUUUCGAGGUAAAGCCCCUGAAUUAGCUGAGUAUUUGGGCCCAAUACAGGUUCAAAGAUCUUAUAACAGUGGUGGAGGAAGAGGACUGUUUCUGACUAAGAAUGUGGAUACAGGAACUUUGCUAUUUGUAUCGAAGCCUACAGCGAUGGGGCGAGCCAUCUUGCCUGAAUCAGGAGACCAUGAAUCUGCUAGGCUCAUAAUGUGGAAGGAUUUUGUUGAAAAGGUCCACGAAUGCAUUUCAAAAUCUGAAAAAAUCAGGAAAAUGGUGUAUUCUUUAGCAGCUGGUGAAGAAGAAGAAAACUUGGUGGUUCCUGAUAUGGAGCUCUUUAGGCCUGAUUCCGAAAACCCACUUCAUGUUGAGCAAGAAACAAGCAUAGACAUGGAUAGAAUCAUGAAGAUACUGGAUGUGAAUUCCCUGACAGAAGAUGGGUUAUCUGUAAAAAAGCUUGGAAGGCUAGGUGAGGACAGUUAUGGAGUUGGGUUAUGGAUAUUGGCCUCUUUUAUCAACCAUUCCUGCAACCCCAAUGCAAGGAGGGUUCAUAUAGGGGACCGAAUGCUUGUUCAUGCCUCGAGGGAGAUCAGAGCAGGGGAAGAGGUGAGAUUCAGCUAUUUUGAUGUGCUUUUGCCAUUAACAAAGCGAAGAGAGUUCUGCAAGAAUUGGGGCUUUCUCUGUGAGUGUGAUCGAUGCAGGAUCGAGGAGGGUUGCAUCGAUGAGAUGUUAGAGUUAGAGAGAGAAUAUGAGAGUGGGUUAGAUCCCGGUGAGGUGGUGGUCAAAGUGGAGGAGCUGAUUUUGAAGGGGAGGAGAGAGAAAGGGUGGGGGAAGAGAGAGAGAUGGUUUUUUAGGGCUAGUUUUUGGGAGGUUUAUUGGAGGGUUUUAGAGUCAGAGAGGUUGAUGAGAAAGUGGGGUAGGAUAAUUCCUUCACCUCAAAGCCUGGUUGAUGAUGCAAUAAUGAUUUUUGGGGAUGAGAGAGUUUUGAGGAUGGCUAAAGAGGAGUUGAAGAAGGUAGGGGGAGAGAAAGGAGUGAGAGUAUGCAGGGGAUUGUAUGGGAAGAUAAUGAAGAAGAAGCAAGCCAUGAGAGCACUUCUAGAGCUCAGCUUGUGUGAUGAGAGUGAAAAGAAGGUGAAGUUGGGUGAUUGAGAGUUAAGAGUGAGUUAUUUACCACGCUGGGAAUUUGAAAUUUCAGCUACCAUGGUUUAAGCAAAUGAGGUUCUCUCCUUAACCAGGUAGAUCGAAGUAGGACUCUGUGCCUUGUUAGGCUAUUUAUUUGUGUCUAUAUUAGAACAAAAAGAAAAAGAAAAGCGAGGACAUUUAUUUGUGG